AACUAAUAAAUAAAUCAUGCAGGCUAAUAAAUUGCCACAAAAUCCUCGCGAAUCAGCAGGAAUAUUUUCAUCACUGAUGUUUUGCUUUGCCUUGCCCAUUCUCUUCAAGGGCAGAAAGAAAACCCUGGAACCCACGGAUCUCUAUCAGGCUCUGAAAGGACACAAAGCUGAUAGCUUGGGCGAUAAAUUUUUCGAGACCUGGCAGGCUGAAGUCAACUCAUGCCGGAAAAAUCCCAAAAAAGAACCAAGCAUUAUAAAGGUUAUAUUAAAGGUAUUUGGUUGGCAGCUAUUGAUAUCGGGUUUGAUUAUUGCUGUGCUGGAAUUGGGAACGAGAGGCACCUUUCCCCUGCUUCUGGGUGCUUUAAUAGCCGAGUUUACCAAAAAUGGCAAUGGCGAUGGAAUCAAGGCUCAAAUUUAUGGGAUUACCUUGAUCCUAACUACUUUAGCUGGAGUCGUGUUGUUUCAUCCAUUUAUGAUGGGAAUGAUGCACCUGGCCAUGAAAAUGAGAGUGGCCGUAAGUACGGCCAUUUACCGGAAAGCUCUCCGGCUGAGCCGCACUGCUCUGGGAGACACAACCACGGGUCAGGUGGUUAAUCUUUUAUCCAACGAUCUAGGACGCUUCGAUCGGGCCCUAAUUCACUUUCACUUCCUUUGGUUGGGACCGCUGGAGCUGCUCAUAUCCUCGUAUUUCCUCUACCAACAUAUUGGAGUAGCAUCGCUGUACGGCAUUGGAAUAUUAUUGCUCUAUCUGCCAAUUCAGACCUAUCUCAGUCGGCUCACUUCCAAGCUAAGAUUGCAAACGGCUCUGAGAACUGAUCAGCGUGUGAGGAUGAUGAACGAGAUUAUAUCUGGAAUACAGGUGAUAAAGAUGUACACCUGGGAGAAGCCAUUCGGAAGGCUGAUCGGACAGCUGCGCCGCAGUGAGAUGAGCUCCAUUCGCAAGGUGAACUAUAUCAGGGGGACGCUUUUGUCCUUUGAAAUCACUCUGGGAAGAAUUGCGAUAUUUGUGAGCCUCCUUGGAUUCGUCCUAAUGGGCGGCGAAUUGACAGCGGAGAGAGCCUUCUCGGUGACAGCUUUCUACAAUAUCCUGCGGCGCACGGUGAGCAAGUUCUUUCCCAGCGGCAUGUCACAAUUCGCCGAGAUGCUGGUUACCCUGAGGAGAAUCAAGGCUUUUAUGAUGCGCGAUGAAGCGGGCGUUCUGUCCCUCGAGGGCGGUGAAAAAACAAAACAUUUGGAUACAAAUUCAGAUCCUGUUGUGGAAUUGGAGUCCUUUAAAGCGCGCUGGAAUCGAGAGCACAUUGAACCCGUCUUGGAUAAUAUCAACAUCAGUCUAAAACCUCCGCAAUUAGUGGCAGUCAUAGGACCCGUAGGCUCUGGUAAAUCCAGCCUGAUACAAGCCAUUCUGGGAGAACUUCCCCGCGAAUCUGGAAAGCUUAAUGUACGGGGAAAAGUGUCCUAUGCUUCCCAAGAACCCUGGCUCUUCAAUGCCUCCGUUCGCGACAAUAUCCUCUUUGGCUUGCCCAUGGAUAAGCAUCGCUACCGUAAUGUUAUAAGGAAAUGUGCCCUGGAAAGGGACUUUGAACUGCUCCAGGGAGAUCACACUUUGGUGGGUGAACGAGGUGCCUCCCUCUCUGGAGGUCAGAGAGCUAGGAUUAGUCUAGCCAGAGCAGUUUAUCGCCAGGCAGACAUAUAUCUUCUCGAUGAUCCCCUGAGCGCUGUGGAUACCCAUGUCGGUCGUCACCUGUUUGAGGAGUGCAUGCGGGGUUUCCUUCGAGAUAAACUGGUGGUCCUGGUAACCCAUCAACUUCAGUUCCUGGAGCAUGCCGAUCUCAUAGUGAUCAUGGAUAAGGGAAAAGUAACAGCCGUUGGCACCUACGAAGAGAUGCUGAAGAGUGGCCAGGACUUUGCCCAACUUCUGGCUCAGCAAACCCACGAAGAAAACGAAGAUCUUGUACAAGAUCAGGAUAUGGAUGAGGCCAAGGGGGAUAAAUCUAAUUACUCGCGACAAAGCAGCCGUCAGAGUAGAGUUAGUGUCGGCUCUGUGGAUUCUGGCAAGGAUUCUGUAAUCGAGGAUGAGAUGCGACCUGUGCAGGAGGCCCGUUCCACGGGGAAAAUCGGCUUAAGCAUGUAUGGGAAAUAUUUUUCAUCUGGCUCUGGAUGGUUCCUCGUGGUCCUGGUGGCUUUCUUUUGCCUGGGCACCCAACUUCUGGCUUCUGGCGGGGAUUACUUUCUGUCCUACUGGGUGAAGAACAACAACUCCUCUUCAUCGUUGGACAUUUAUAUCUUCAGUGGUAUCAACAUAGCCCUGGUAAUCUUCGCUCUCUUGCGAACCCUUUUGUUCUUCAGCAUGGCCAUGCAUUCCUCAACUCGGUUGCACAACUCGAUGUUCCAUGGCGUAUCCCGGACGGCCCUCUACUUCUUUCACUCAAAUCCAUCGGGAAGGAUUCUAAAUCGUUUUGCCAUGGAUCUGGGACAAGUAGAUGAAGUCCUACCCGCCGUCAUGCUGGAUUGCAUCCAAAUAUUCUUGACAUUCACCGGCGUUAUCUGUGUGCUAUGCAUCACGAAUCCUUGGUAUUUAAUCAACACAACAACGAUGUUCGUGGCCUUUCAUUUCCUGCGGAAGUUCUAUCUGAGCACCUCGCGGGAUGUGAAGAGAUUGGAGGCGGUGGCCAGAUCGCCUAUGUACUCGCACUUUAGCGCCACCUUGAAUGGCCUGCCCACGAUUAGAGCUUUGGGUGCCCAGGAGUUGCUGACAAGGGAAUAUGAUAACUACCAGGAUCUGCACAGCUCGGGAUACUACACCUUUCUCUCCACAAGUCGCGCUUUCGGUUACUAUCUGGAUCUGUUUUGUGUGGCCUAUGUGAUAUCGGUGACCCUGAUGAGCUACUUUAAUCCCCCUUUGGAUAAUCCAGGACAAAUUGGAUUGGCCAUCACUCAAGCUAUGUCCAUGACUGGCAGUGUACAGUGGGGAAUGCGUCAAUCGGCAGAGUUGGAAAACUCAAUGACUUCUGUCGAAAGGGUCCUGGAAUAUAGGGACCUUGAGGCAGAGGGAGAAUUCGAGUCUCCAGAGGACCAAAAACCCCCGAAAAACUGGCCUCAAAAAGGAGAAAUUAAAGCGGAAGAACUUAGUCUGCGAUAUAGCCCGGAUCCCAAAACGGAUAAUGUGUUGAGAUCCCUAAAGUUCGUCAUCCAACCUCGUGAGAAAGUGGGAAUCGUGGGAAGAACGGGUGCAGGCAAAUCCUCCCUUAUAAAUGCCCUAUUCCGACUCUCCUACAACGAUGGAUCCCUGGUGAUAGAUAAUCAAGAUAUAGCCGCAAUCGGUCUCCACGAUCUGCGAAGCAAGAUCUCCAUAAUACCCCAAGAACCGGUACUAUUCUCGGGCACAAUGCGCUAUAAUCUCGAUCCCUUUGAACAGUAUUCCGAUGACAAGUUGUGGGAGGCCCUUGAGGAGGUUCACCUCAAAGAGGAAGUUUCCGAACUACCCACGGGUCUCCAAAGCAUGAUUUCUGAAGGUGGGGCUAACUACAGCGUUGGCCAGCGGCAGUUGGUCUGCCUGGCCCGUGCCAUUCUCCGGGAGAAUCGCAUCCUGGUGAUGGACGAGGCAACGGCAAAUGUGGAUCCGCAAACGGAUGCCUUGAUACAGUCCACUAUUCGAAGGAAAUUCAGGGAUUGCACCGUCCUGACCAUUGCCCAUCGGUUGAAUACAAUCAUAGAUUCUGAUAAGGUAAUGGUUCUAGAUGCGGGCAAUCUGGUGGAGUUUGGUUCUCCCUACGAACUCCUCACGCAGUCCAGGCGGCAGAUCUUUUAUGGAAUGGUCUUGGAGACGGGUCGUUCCAGUUUCGAGCACCUCUUGAAAGUAGCUCAACAGGUUAACGAGACGAAGUUGCGCAGCAAAUCGGAGUGAACGAAAAACAAAGUAAAAACCCUUAAAAAAGAUUUCAAAAAUUAUAAACAACCUAAUUUACAUUUAUAUAUCAAACAUGUAACCAUAUUAAAUAUAAAAAUCUAUUAAAAUUAGUAUAUUUAAGCCUUUUGGAGUAUAA